AAACAUAGUAAUCUUUGCUUGUUUACACAAAUUCAUGGCUAACAAUCCAUCUCAAUUACUACCUUCAGAGCUUAUAGAUCGGUGUAUAGGCUCCAAAAUAUGGGUGAUUAUGAAGGGUGACAAGGAGCUCGUUGGCACUCUCAGAGGAUUUGAUGUCUAUGUUAACAUGGUGCUCGAAGACGUCACUGAAUAUGAGAUAACCGCUGAUGGGCGCCGUGUAACAAAGCUUGAUCAGAUACUACUAAACGGGAACAAUAUUGCCAUUCUGGUCCCUGGUGGUUCUCCUGAUCAAGAAUGAGAAUGCAACAGUUCCAGAUGAUACCUCUGUUCAGUAGAUGUAUGUUUUCCUGUAGAUUUAGUUGGAAUUUGAACACUAGUUUUUAGUAAUGACAACCAGAACACAAACCCAUCUUAGAUAUGACAACUUUUCGCAAUACUAAGAUCCUGUGAUUAUCAUCAAAACUGGCAUAUGUCAAUUGAAUUAUCCAAACAUUGAUUCUUGAUGGUGCUAUGUCAUGAUCUUUUGCUA